AGUCUUGCACAGGUGUACCGGCUCCUCCCCUUCAGUCUUGCACAGGUGUACCGGCUCCUCCCCUUCAGUCUUGCACAGGUGUACCGGCUCCUCCCCUUCAGUCUUGCACAGGUGUACCGGCUCCUCCCCUUCAGUCUUGCACAGGUGUACCGGCUCCUCCCCUUCAGUCUUGCACAGGUGUACAGGCUCCUCCCCUUCAGUCUUGCACAGGUGUACCGGCUCCUCCCCUUCAGUCUUGCACAGGUGUACCGGCUCCUCCCCUUCAGUCUUGCACAGGUGUAUCAGCUCCUCCCCUUCAGUCUUGCACAGGUGUACUGGCUCCUCCCCUUCAGUUCUGCACAGGUGUAUCAGCUCCUCCCCUUCAGUCUUGCACAGGUGUAUCGGCUCCUCCCCUUCAGUCUUGCACAGGUGUAUCGGCUCCUCCCCUUCAGUCUUGCACAGGUGCACCAGCUCCUCCCCUUCAGUCUUGCACAGGUGUAUCGGCUCCUCCCCUUCAGUCUUGCACAGGUGUAUCGGCUCCUCCCCUUCAGUCUUGCACAGGUGUACCGGCUCCUCCCCUUCAGUCUUGCACAGGUGCACCAGCUCCUCCCCUUCAGUCUUGCACAGGUGUAUCGGCUCCUCCCCUUCAGUCUUGCACAGGUGUACCGGCUCCUCCCCUUCAGUCUUGCACAAGUGUACCGGCUCCUCCCCUUCAGUCUUGCACAGGCGUACCGACUCCUCCCCUUCAGUCUUGCACAGGUGUAUCGGCUCCUCCCCUUCAGUCUUGCACAGGUGUACCGGCUCCUCCCCUUCAGUCUU